AUGAACGUUACUGGUGCUUGGUUAGAAGGGGUGACAGGAAAAGGGACUGUCACUGCCGUCAUCGAUGAUGGCUUGGACUUCCACAGCACCGACUUGAAAAAGAACUAUUUCCCUGAUGGGUCCUAUAAUUUUGUCGAGAAUUCAAAGGAGCCUGACCCAAAACUUGUAAACCAAACUCAUGGAACCAGAUGCGCAGGAGAGAUCGCUGCUGGAAUAAAUGGAAUUUGUGGGCUUGGAAUGGCAUACGACGGAAAGAUAGCAGGGAUUCGACUGUUGUCUGGGCAAAUAGAUGAAAGUGACGAGGCUACUGCUAUCAAUUAUCGAUAUCAAUUGAACGAUAUCUACUCUUGCUCAUGGGGUCCUCCUGACAAUGGCAGGGUAAUUGGAGGACCAGGAACACUGGUUAAGCGUGCCCUAGAAAACGGCGUGACAAAUGGCAGACAGGGCAAAGGUUCGAUUUUCGUUGUUUCUGCUGGUAAUGGGGGAUAUCUCGACGAUGACUGUAAUUUCGAUGGCUACGCAAACAGCAUUUAUACGAUUGCAGUCGGCGCUAUCGAUCGGGAAGGGAACCAUCCAGAAUACUCUGAACCAUGUUCUGCAUUAUCUGUUGUUGCAUACGCGAGCGCUGGCUACCAAAGUGAUGGAGCAGACAGUAUCUAUACGACAGAUGUUGGGGUCGAAAACUGUGCUUCUGGCCAUGGAGGCACGUCCGCAGCUGCGCCGUUGGUUGCCGGUGCCAUUGCUUUUGCUCUAAGUGUAAGAUCGGAGCUUACCUGGCGAGAUAUUCAAUAUCUUUUGUAUACAACAGCAGUAGCCGUCAACGAGGAAGAAGAUGACUGGCAGAUGACGAAGCUUGGGAAACCAUUCAGUCAUAACUACGGGUAUGGCAAGGUCGACUCAUACAGCUUGGUCCAGAUGGCUAGGAACUGGAAACUGGUGAAGCCCCAGGCAUCGUAUCACUCUCCAUGGGUGAAAGUAAACAAGAACAUUCCACAAGGGAAAAAAGGUCUCUCCAGUAUUUUUGAAGUGAAACCACCGACAGUAUCCGCAUUUGAAAGACUAGAGCAUGUCACUGUCACCACUCACGUCAACCAUACUCGCCGGGGUGAUCUUAGUAUCGAGUUGCAUAGCCCCGAAGGCGUAGUCAGCCGUUUAAGCACCACUCGACGUAACGAUAAUGAGACUUCGGGCUAUGCGGGCUGGGCGUUUAUGUCUGUUGCACAUUGGGGCGAAACCGGCAUUGGCAACUGGACGAUAGUGGUAAAAGAUACCAUAAUAAAUGAUUUCUCUGGGACAUUUUUGAGCUGGCAACUGAAUCUCUGGGGAGAAGGCACUGAUUCGCUGUCCAGCAGCAGUUCCGACAAAACUGAUGAAGUCAACAAUAACGAGACACCUAUGCAAACGCCGGAUACUGAAGAUGUGGGGGUAUCUUGGGACCUUUUGGUAGCAUCCACAGGUCUUCAACGACUCAGUGGAUGGGCCUCUCUCUCUGUGUCGGUUUCAGUCGUGGUCUGUGGCGCGGUUGGGACUUAUCUUUUGUUUUGCAAGCUGUCUGGUCGUCAUGCUGCCCCUAUUAUUGCCGAUACUGAUAGUUGA